CUCAGGACCAAAAGCAGCCACACAGAUCAAACAUCGGCGCCCCUCCAAUCGAGUUGGCUGCAUAGCGAAGAUUGUAUUCAAAAGAAACAAUGCAAGAAGGUAUGAGGUGAAGACGUUUGAAGAGGGGCACACACACUGUUUGUGCGAGGAGAGCUACAAACCUUUCUUGAAAGUGAAUAGGAAAUUAGAUAUUGGUCAUCAACAAUUCAUCACUAAUUGCGCAAAAGUAAAUAUUUGGGCUAGUAAGAGUUUUGACCUGUACACAGAGAUGGUGGGGGGAGUUGAAAAAAUGGGCGCCAUGCAAUUAGAUUUCAAGAACUACAGAAGGGAGGUUUUGGCAUACAUGCAAGGAGGAGAUGCACAAAUGGUAAUAUCCAAUUACCUCGAUAAGAAAGCUGACUACAGUGAUAUGUACUUCGAAUACGAGGCAAACGAGAACGAUCAAUUGGCGCGUGUUUUCUGGGCAGAUGGAAUGGCAAGGAAGCAAUACAGUGCAUUCGGAGAUGUUGUGUCAUUCGAUGCUACGUACAAAACAAACAGGUAUAGCCUAGUAUUUGUCCAUUCACCGGCAUAGACAACCAUAGGAAAUGCAUGACAUUCAAAGCAGCAGUGAUUGCCCGGGAGGAUGUUGACUCGUACUGUUGGGUCCUAAGGAACAUAAAAAACGCAAUGGGUAGCACACCGCAUAUCACCGUAACCGAUCAAAACCCAGCGAUGAAGGUCGCGAUUGGAAGAGAAUUCCCAGAGUCUCGCCAUCGUUACUGCAUGUGGCAUAUAAUGACAAAGGUCGGCGAUAAAGUGAGUACUGAGUUGGCGAGGAAUGAAGAGUUUCGACAAGAGCUAAAUGUUGUUGUUUGGAACGAUAGAUCGACGUCUGAAUAUUUUGAGGCUGCAUGGAAAGGAGUUAUUGAAAGAUAUGGGCUACUUGAAAAUGCAUGGUUGAAACGUAUGCACAACGAGCGUACAUCCUGGGUACCUACGUGUUUUGAAGGUGUUUUUAUGGGCGGGCUAGUGUGUACCACCUCCCGCUCUGAAGCAGAGAACAGAAUUUUCAAAAGCAACACUAACAAACACUUAUGUGUUUCCGAAAUUUUCACCCGAUUUGAGAGUACAAUCAGAAAGCAACGACUGACACAGUCGGACCUAAGCGGUGCUAACAA